GCCCAGCCACCAGAGCUCACACUCAGGCUGGCGGGCCAUGGGGCGGCGGGUCCCGGCUCUAAGACAGCUGCUGGUGCUGGCAAUGCUGGUGCUGAAGCAGUCACAGCUGCAGUCUCCAGAGUUGUCAGGGUCGCGCUGCCCUGAGCCCUGCGAAUGCGCCCCGGAUGGUGCUCUGCGCUGCCCUGGCCCUCGAGCUGGCCUCGCCCGACUAUCUCUCACCUAUCUCCCUGUCAAAGUAAUCCCAUCACAAGCUUUCAGGGGACUUAAUGAGGUCGUAAAAAUUGAAAUCUCUCAGAGUGAUUCCCUGGAAAGGAUAGAAGCUAAUGCCUUUGACAACCUCCUCAAUCUGUCUGAAAUACUGAUCCAGAACACCAAAAACCUGAUAUACAUUGAACCCGGUGCUUUUACAAACCUCCCUCGGUUAAAAUACCUGAGCAUCUGUAACACAGGCAUCCGGACCCUCCCAGAUGUUUCGAAGAUCUCUUCCUCUGAAUUUAAUUUCAUUCUGGAAAUCUGUGAUAACUUAUACAUAACCACCAUACCAGGGAAUGCUUUCCAGGGGAUGAAUAAUGAGUCCAUCACACUCAAACUGUAUGGAAAUGGGUUUGAAGAGGUACAAAGCCAUGCAUUCAAUGGGACGACGCUCAUCUCGCUGGAGUUAAAAGAAAACAUCUACCUGGAGAAGAUGCACAGUGGCGCCUUCCAGGGGGCCACGGGGCCCAGCAUCCUGGAUAUCUCUUCCACCAAAUUGCAGGCCCUGCCGAGCCACGGGCUGGAGUUCAUUCAGACGCUCAUCGCCACGUCAUCCUACUCACUGAAAACACUGCCCUCCAGAGAAAAAUUCACCAGCCUACUGGUUGCCACGCUGACCUACCCUAGCCACUGCUGUGCCUUCAGGAAUUUGCCGAAGAAAGAACAGAAUUUUUCAUUUUCCAUUUUUGAAAACUUUUCCAAACAAUGUGAAAGCACAGUUAGAGAAGCGAAUAACGAGACGCUUCAUCACUCUAGAAAGGUGGCACACCAUCACCUAUGCUGUUCAGCUGGACCAAAAGCUGAGACUGAGACAUGCCAUCCCAAUUAUGCUCGGAGGAUGGAUUUUUUCUACCCUGAUGGCCACAUUGCCCCUUGUGGGUGUCAGCAGUUACAUGAAAGUCAGUAUCUGCCUCCCCAUGGAUGUGGAAUCCACUCUGUCACAAGUCUACAUAUUAUCCAUCUUGCUCCUCAAUGCAGUGGCCUUUGUCGUCAUCUGUGCGUGCUACGUUAGGAUAUACUUUGCAGUUCAAAAUCCAGAGCUGACGGCUCCUAACAAGGACACAAAAAUUGCUAAGAAGAUGGCCAUCCUCAUCUUCACAGACUUCACAUGCAUGGCGCCCAUCUCAUUCUUUGCCAUCUCAGCUGCCUUCAAAGUACCCCUCAUCACUGUCACCAACUCAAAAGUUCUACUGGUCCUUUUUUAUCCUGUCAAUUCUUGUGCCAACCCAUUUCUGUAUGCAGUGUUCACGAAGGCAUUUCAGAGAGAUUUCUUUCUCUUGCUGAGCAGAUUUGGUUGCUGUAAGCACCGGGCUGAACUUUACAGAAGGAAGGAAUUUUCUGCAUGUACCUUCAACUGCAAAAACGGCUUUCCAAGAUCAAGUAAGCCUUCCCAGGCUGCCCUGAAGUUAUCCAUAGUGCAUCGUCAACAACCUACACCUCCAAGAGUGUUAAUUCAGUAACUGCAUUACUGAAUUGUAUCUAAAUAUGCUCCCCCCAAAAAAAGUCCACCCAAAUUAGUCACUUUAAUAUAAUGUGUUUUAGAAAAAAUAUUUAUCCUGAGGCACUUCAGGAGAACUGAAACCUGCUUCAAAGGGUGGCCCAAGACACUUGGUGACAUAAAUUUCAGAAGGGUUUAGAAAUUUUUUAUAAUAAUUUAGACAGAAUAAUUUUGUUUGUUGAAUCUAAUAUUAAGAAAAUCUAAGUUGUUGUCAUUUUCCAUGUCUCUUCAUCUUUUUCACUUCAAUCUUGUGAUUUACGUUGCCAUCUCCAAAUAUAUAUUCAUAACAGACUGGAAAUUUAAAGUGGUCUUUGUCCUCAGAUAGUUUGAUAAAUACGUUCAAGAGAUGCACUGUGCAGUGUGAUAGCUGCUAGCCUUGCAUGGUAAAUAAAAGUUUCUUAGCCAUAUCCCAAGUGCUUCAUGGGUCUCACUAGUAAUAGGAGGUACAGAUUCAAACUGUUUUCAUCAGUGCAAAGACAGCUCUAUUCUAGACACUUCUAUUUCCCAUGUACACUCUACUCACUUAGCUUUCCAUCUGAAGGCACAUUCCUGCAUACUUGUUUGGCUUACAGAGCAUAAACCCCUCGUGGGCAGGAACCCACCUCAGUUUCCUCAUCUCCUAUCUCAGGAUCUUGGAAAUGAUACACAGCAAGUGUGCCUAGAUAGUUAAACUCCCUAGAGAUACAUGGGGAAAUGUUUCUUAGUAUAUUUUUUGAUCGUUACAGGCUUUAUGGUUUUUGCCCCCAUCCCGGUAUCUCUUCUCAGAGUUCUUCACUCCCUUUCGCCUCUGAGAGGGUGCCCUCCCAGAGAAUUCCCCCUCCCCUAGGGCAUCAAGUUUCUACAAAAUUAGGCACAUCCUCUCCCACUGAGGCCAGACAGGGCAGUCCUCUGCUACAUAUGAGCCAGGAGGGCCUCAGACCAGCCCAUGUAUGCUCUCUGGGAACUCCCAGAUGUCAAGGUUAGUUGACACUGUUGGUCUUCCUUUGGGGUUGCCAGCCCCUUCAGUUCCUUCAGUCUUCCCCCUAACUCUUCCAUAAGGUACCUUUGCAUCUUUAAGCAAAACAAAAUAUUUAAAUUUUAAAAAUUAUUAACCCGUUAUUUCUAUGCUUGGCACUUUAUUGGGAAAUAUAUCUAGUAUUGUCAGAAGCACUAGUUACUUCCUACAGCUGGCUCUUGCAGGACACCCGACUGAUGCGUCUCACAGUGCAGCUUUUGUUUGCCCCUUUUCCCGUUUGAUUGAAAGUUCAUUACACACACAGCAUCUUGGUGAGUGGAUUACAUAAUCUCACCAACUGAAUCUUCAGAAAACUCUACAGUUCAGAUGCCAUUAUAUUAUACAAGAAAAAAAGACCAUCACCAUUUUGAAAGUCCUGAAAACUAGGAAAAGAUUCAAGUAAGAAGAUUCGAUCUCAAAGGUCCUCACAAAGCAUAGCUUCUUUAAUGAUUCCCAUACUGUUAAAAAAAAAAAUCAUUGUUCUCCAAGAGUUACCUUUGCGUUGAAAUAAAUUUUUAAAAAUUGGAUACACUGACAGAUGGACAAAUACUUAUUAGGUAGCUAGGUUUUGUUAUUUAAAAGCUUAUGUACAUUCAACGUUCCUUAAGUUUUCCCAAUAUUUUAUUAGGAACAUUUUCAAAUGUACAGAAAUGUUGAAGAAACUGUGUAGUGAACACCCAUACCUCAACACUAUUUACCGCAAGCCAUAUGUUACUAUAUUGACUUUCAUACAUUACUAUGCAAUUAUCUGUUAUUUAUCUGUCAACCAAUGUCUUAUAUAUUUUGAUAUUUUAAAGUAAUUUGCAGGUAUUAGUCUUGCACAAGAGAAUACAUUAUACACCCCCGUGUAAAUGAAUGUCAGUACUCAUAUUCACUGAGUAUAAUAUAUAAUAUUUAUUUACAUUGUAGGUGUAAUUUACACGAAGAGAAACAGACAAAUCUUAAAUGUGCCACUUGAGUUUUGAGAACAGCACACACCUAUGUCAGCCACACUGUGUCAGGAUUUAGUGUAGUUAGUUAGAGAGUCCCACACUGUGGAUGAUGGCCGAUAUUCUCCACAGACUAGUGUUUCCUGCCCUAGAUGGCAUAAAAAUGCAGGUCUAUAAAACAUGUGCUUUUUCACAUGGCUUUGGACUUAGUUUAUUAGUCUUACUAUUCAUCCACUUGAUUGCUUGAAUCCAUUUAUUCCUUCUCGUUGCUAACUGAAAUUCUACCAUAUUAAUAUUAAAAUUCCUUUCUCCUACUCAUAGCUAUCUUGGCUAUUUCCAGCUUUCAACUUCCUGUGAGCAUUUUAUUAAAUAAAUGUCUAACCAUAACUAGAUUCAACACAUUUAGUUUGCUUUCAAUUCUUAAGUCAUUACAUAAAAUGAUUCAAAGAAGAUUGUAAGAUUAAUAAAAAGAAAUCUCUUCUGUGUUUACAUUUAUGAUCUUUCUGCUCCAUAAAGAACGACUUGGUUCAGGUGGAGUCCUUUCUUGCUCAUCUUAGAAUCUGUCUCAGCAACACAGCAGAUUACUAACUCAUCAAACUACUUAUGUGACUACAUGAUAGUCUUUAUGAUUCAUAAAUCCCAGGGAAAAAAACAAUGUAGUAAGAAAAAGUAAACAGGCACUCCAGCUUCUGACUCCACCUGAGCAGAUCCUCUGCCACAGGAAUCCAUACCCAAAUAGCUCCAGGAGGGAGUGAGCCUCCCAGGAGCACAGUCAGGCCUGUGAGUGCAAAUAAAACCACCACUGCUGCUCAGCAGAACCUGCCUGGAGCCCUCAAGACACAGGAACCAAGGGACUGCCUGGGACAGGAGUCUUCCAGUCUCCUUCUGUACCCAGAGCUGAUCCUGUGCCACAGAGCUACAUAUAAAAAUACUGCCAAGAGAGAGCUGGUCUCCCAGGAGUGCCUACCCAACUGAGAAAACUACCACUUAUCUUCAAAUUCCUGGCCCAAGACGGACACUCACAGAGCCAUCAGGACACAGGAACCAAGGAUCAGCUGGGGACAGGAUCCUUCUGGUCUCUGCACCCCAGAGCUGACCCUGUACCACAGCUCUCCAUACCCAAAUUCCUCCCUGAGAGAACUGGCCCCCUGGGAGUACUGACACACAGGCUUGCAGGAGCAACAAGCCACAGUCAGAGACAGCAAGACCAGCUAACACCAGAGAUAACCAGAUGGCGAAAGGCAAAUGCAUAAAAACAUAAGCAAUAGAUACCAAGACUACUUGACAUCAUCAGAACCCAGUUCUCCCACCACAGUGAAUCCUAGUUUCCCCACACACCAGAAAAGCAAGACUCUGGUUUAACAUCACAUCUCAUAAUGAUGAUAGAGGAAUUUAAGAAGAACAUAAAUAACUCCCUUAAAGAAAUACAAGAGAACACAGGUAAGCAAGUAGAAGACCUUAAAGAAGAAACACACACACACAAACCCUUAAAGAAUUACAGGAGAACACAACCAAACAGGUGAAGGAACUGAACAAAACCAUCCAGGAUCUAAAAAUGGAAAUAGAAACAAUAAAGAAAUCACAAAGGGAGACAAUUCUGGAGAUAGAAAACCUAUGACCUCUUACAUAAAUAAUGGUCCUUAUUUUCUACAUCAUAACUGAAGUUUUAAUAAGUGAAGUCAUAGUUUGCUGUCUCCUUCAUUUGCAUAUCCUCCCUCCCAUAAGCUUUAUGUUUGAACUCUCCUCUAACCCAGCUCUCUACUCUAUGUCCUAGAGCCACAUAUGCAACUCAAGAUGUUUCUCCACUUACUCCUGGACUUUGCUAUAACUACAUAAUUUGUAUUUCAGUCAUUUCUGGCUCCUCAUCACCAUGCAAACCAUUGAUGAACCUUCCUAAAAUCCUAUUUCAUUUCAAUACAUGCCUGCCAGAGUCCCCAAGGAGCUCCUCAGCGCCUGGAUAACUGCCUACUCCUAACUGAAAUAACUGAGAUUACUGUAGAACCUGUCCUCAGAUCUGAUCAUCCAUUCUUCUGCUAUUUUCUUCUUGAAGCAAAUGGACUCAGUGACCCUUCCCAAAGCCAUUUCCUUCCACUGCCAUGCUGGAGCCCUUCUCUAAUGUAUUAUACUUCUUAAGACAUCUCCUUUGUGUAAAACAAAGGAUGUGAUAAAUUUGUAACCCGUCACGGUCUCUCUACAGACUUCUUUAGCUGCACAUCUGUAUGCUGCAUGUGUACUACUUCCAUGAUGCCUGGAGCCCACAGAUGCCCUGGAAUUGGAGCUACAGAAAGUUGUGAGCACUGUGUGAGUGCUAGACAUCCAACCUUGCCCCUCUGGAAGAAUAAUUGGUGCUCUUAACCACUGAGCCAUCUUUCCAUCUCCUUUAGACUUCUUGAGCAUUCUUCUCUAUCUCUCUUUCCCUUCUCUUUAUCUUGGCAUAUUAAUUAAGUACACAAACCCAUCCUUACUUCACCUGUGUUAGCAAGAUAAACUAUUUUAACACAUCUGCUUUUCAACUUAGUUCAUUUUUAAAACAGAAAUAUAAAACUGCUAUUGUUAAGAAGUAUUUCAUGUUGGAAAUGUCUAAACUGUGUUACUGUCCUGUAUAAUCCCUCAUAUCUAAAUCAUAAACCCUCAAUGAACUCAUGUCUCCUUUUUGUAUUUUCUCACCAUGUUAGAUAUUGUUAUAAAUCGACUGCAAAAUGUCUUAAAAAGAUUUAUCGUCCUGGAAUAAAUCAUCUAAACUUAU